CCUUCUUGCCCAACGCCAGCAUCUGGCGGCACGACCAGAGAACAGACUUCCAGACGCCACGACGAUGACUUCGCGUUCAGAGCACAAAAAAUCCACAAAGUGUGUCGCACGUACCAGGUGGCCCUGGCGGAACACAACAGACGCCUCCUGAAGCGCAAGUUCGGCUACGAACGGCCCGGCUUCUGUGACAACCGAGAAUGUUCUAUCAUCAUGGAACCCGCACGGAAAGUCGGCUACUGUUUCAUCAGCAAGGUUGCAUCCUCCACAAUCAAGACCGUCUUCGGUCUCCUGCUGAACAUCAACAACACGGAAAAAACAGUUAACAGCUUCCACAGGGUAUUCCAUGAGCAGGUCCGCACACUGUCGCCCGUGACGUUCCUACAGAGGAGCAGACAGGAGCGCUACUCAACCGCCAUGUUCGUGAGGCAUCCCUUCGAGAGGCUAGUAUCCGCAUACGUGGACAAGGUUCUAGGCCCACGUGCUACCAAUGCCUAUUUUUACGACCGGUACUGGAACGACGUGCCUGGCGUCAGGGCAACGGGUCGGAACUUGACCUUCCCGGAGUUCAUUGAUUAUAUACUGAAUCAGACAGUGAACCAGAUGGACUCUCAUUGGACUCCGUACUACGUGACGUGCCAGCCUUGCACCGUCAAGUACAAGGUCAUCGGAAAACUGGAGACAGCAAGCAGGGACUUCGCGCUGUUCCUUAGAGAACUGGGUGCUCGGCAGGAGGACAUUCCGCACGAAAACGAGAGUGGCGGCCACGGGUUGCGCAAGUCUGCCCGAGAGUUUUUUAAAGAACUCAUUUUCGACCAGGUGAUGCGUUUAUAUGAGCGGUUCUUCUUCGACUUCGAGAUGUUCGGGUACGAACUCAGGGACUAUCUACAAUGACAGUGUACGCAAAAC